UCGGAGUUGGUUUCUCCGGAGUCCGUGUCUAAGACGUGCCAAAACACGCGCAUACCGACAAAAUGUAUAAAAUCGGUGGCCCCCGUAGCCUGGAUCCCCACAUUAACACACUUUGAACAACCAACAACAACCACCAUCGAACCAAACAUCUAUUAUCAUCUAUCAUCAUGUCUACCGAUAUGAUAUGCAUGGACGGAGUGUACUGCGCCUUGUGCGACGAGUACUUCUUCGAUAAACGGCAACGAGCCGAGCACAUUAUGAACUCCAACGACCAUCCCGAAUGUUGGAGAUGUGGCCGUCGAUUUUUGAAUGGCCAAAUUCUUCGUCGUCACUGUGUCACCGCACCAAAUCACCACUACUGUGUGCCCUGCGAUAAACACUGUCGUACAGCGGCAGGGUUUCGCGUCCACAUGGAGCAGGUACACGGCUCCGACGACGACGACAGUGACGACGAUGAUUCAGACGAAGAGGACUAUUACGACCUCGAAGACGGUUGGGAGGAUGAAAGGAGCGAAGAGGAAUAUCCCGAUGAAGUCUCUGAAUCAGGAGACGAGCCCCUUGAUACGUCAUGGGAAGACAGCAAUGAGUACGACUUUGAAGACCCGGAGUAUCUCAGGUUGCCACCAUUAUUUAAUAAUGCGGCAGCCGACGACGUAGAGGAAAGCGACGAAGACGUCGAAGAGACGUCUCACUUCUCGUGUCCAAUGUGCCAAAAGGAGCACACGACCCUCUGCGCGACUCCGUGUGGACAUGUGUAUUGCGUACGGUGCAUUCGCGCUGCGCUGAAAUAUACAGAGGCAUGUCCCGUCUGCGACGAACGAGCCACCGAGGACCAGCUCCGGAAGAUAUACAUCUCCCAGGAGUGACGAAAACAGAAUGGCUCGGUGGUGUCGUAUGAGGUCUUCAAGUUGAUCUACCAUCUUACCAUUGCUCAUGCUGUCGUGUAAAUACCCCAUACCUUCCACUAUACCUCCUUCGCCUAUCCCAUAAUCGCCUUCGGACGUUUAUUUUUCUUUUGUAUGGACUCUUUACCUAUUAUUUUUCAAAUGGACUCAGACAUACCAUAUGUUUACCUGCUUUAUCAUCAAUAAAACUGCAUUCCCACGUGACUCGGGUAUUUAUAACAACGGAUAAUUAGUAGUCCGAGACGCAAAAAGUUACUAUGGCUUUAUGUUAUGUGCUCGUAGUCGGGUUGAGCAUCGAGAAAAUGAACGUACCCAAUUUGCUUUUACAUAAGUAAAAUUAUAAAGAAUUAUUUGAAUAGG